GGCGUCGGUGCUGCGGCGGGGGCCGGGGCAGCGCGGAGGAGCCCGCCCGGCGCGGGAGGCAGAUGGGCCGGGAUGCAGCCGCAGCCCUCGCCGUGAGAGCGGGGGGUCUCGCCGCCGCCUUCCCCGGAGCGUGAGGCAGCGAGGAGGGGCGGCCAGAGGACAGAGACCUUUGCCGGGAUGGGAGGCGGCGCUGCCGUGAGCCCGUAGCUCGCUCUCCGUGCCCGGGCCAGCCCGCGGGGGCCGCGCUGACUGACACCGCUGUGGGCGCGUCUGGAUAUGUUCCCUUCCCAACCGGGCUCUUUCUUCGAUGUCGUGAAGCUGCGUGGGAAAUAGCCCGGUUCCCAGCGGGGUCGGGAGCGUGCCGCCGUCCUCCCCGGCGGGGGAGAUGCCUCGGGGCUGGGAGGCAGAGCCAGGCGCUUCCCCCGUGUCCGCCGAGCGCUGCCGGCGCCCCAGGCAUGAAGGCAGGCGGCUGUAAUGGAGUAAGAGCGAAGACGGCUCCCCUCAUCUGCCAUUUGCCCUUCCAGGCGGGAUUGUAAACCGAGAGAGUUGAGGAAGGCUGUGUGAAAGCAGGAGGAAUCUCCUCUCGUCGGGUUUUUGGGGGUUUUACCCUCCCUCCCCCCCCCCCUUUUUUUUUUCUCCUCCUCCUGGCUCGAACCGUGGCUUGCCCAGGUAUGCCUGCCUCACUGCAGCACCUUGUGCUGGUGCUCCUGCUCUCCAGUGCCACCCUGCUGCUCGGCACUGCGGCUGCCACCCAGAGUGAGGAGCGGCUGUGUGCUUUUAAGGACCCAUAUCAGCAGGACCAUGGAGUCAGUGAGAGCCGAAUCUCCCAGGAGAAUGGCACAAUUUUGUGCAUGAAAGGUAGUACCUGCUAUGGACUUUGGGAAAAAACACGAGAAGGAGACAUACAUCUUGUAAAACAAGGUUGCUGGUCUCAUAUAGGAGACCCACAGGAGUGUCACUUUGAGGAGUGUAUAGUUACAACCACCCCUUCCUUGAUUCAGAAUGGAACAUACCGCUUCUGCUGCUGUAGUACGGACUUGUGUAAUGUCAACUUCACAGAGAAUUUUCCACCUCCUGAUCCUACUGAUACAACACCUUACAAUUCUUCUCAUUCUUUUCAUCGAGAUGAGACUAUUGUUAUUGCCCUGGCAUCUGUGUCUGUACUGGCUGUUUUGAUUGUUGCUCUGUUCUUUGGAUACAGGAUGCUUGCAGGAGAUCGCAAACAAGGUUUGCACAGUAUGAACAUGAUGGAGGCAGCAGCAUCAGAGCCCUCAUUGGAUCUGGAUAAUCUAAAGUUGUUAGAGUUGAUUGGCCGGGGACGAUAUGGAGCAGUGUAUAAAGGUUCCCUGGAUGAACGUCCAGUUGCUGUGAAAGUAUUUUCUUUUGCUAAUCGUCAGAAUUUUGUCAAUGAGAGGAACAUUUACAGGAUUCCACUGAUGGAACACGAUAACAUCGCCCGCUUCAUUGUGGGGGAUGAGAGAUUCACUGCCGACGGCCGUAUGGAAUAUUUAUUGGUGAUGGAAUAUUACCCCAAUGGUUCUCUGUGCAAAUAUCUGAGUCUCCACACGAGUGACUGGGUGAGCUCUUGUCGCUUGGCACACUCCAUAACUAGGGGCCUGGCGUACCUGCACACGGAGCUGCCUCGAGGAGACCAUUACAAACCUGCGAUAUCCCAUCGUGACUUGAACAGCCGCAAUGUCCUGGUAAAGAACGAUGGAACAUGUGUAAUUAGUGAUUUUGGACUCUCAAUGAAGUUAACUGGAAACAGACUAGUACGACCAGGUGAGGAAGAUAAUGCAGCCAUUAGUGAGGUCGGCACGAUCCGCUAUAUGGCCCCAGAAGUGCUUGAAGGAGCAGUGAACUUGAGGGACUGUGAAUCUGCUUUGAAACAAGUGGAUAUGUACGCGCUAGGCCUUAUCUACUGGGAGAUCUUCAUGAGAUGUACAGACCUCUUCCCAGGGGAAUCUGUGCCAGAGUACCAGAUGGCUUUCCAGACUGAAGUCGGAAACCAUCCCACUUUUGAAGAUAUGCAAGUCUUGGUGUCUAGAGAGAAGCAAAGACCAAAAUUCCCAGAAGCGUGGAAGGAGAACAGUUUGGCUGUGAGGUCACUUAAAGAAACGAUUGAAGACUGCUGGGAUCAAGAUGCUGAAGCUCGACUAACAGCACAGUGUGCUGAGGAGAGAAUGGCAGAACUCAUGAUGAUCUGGGAGAGGAAUAAAUCAGUUAGUCCAACAGUCAACCCUAUGUCAACUGCCAUGCAAAAUGAGCGGAAUCUGUCACAUCAUCGACGUGUAUCAAAGAUAAGGCCAUACCCAGAUUACUCUUCCUCUUCCUACAUUGAAGAUUCAAUCCACCACACUGACAGCAUAGUAAAGAACAUUUCUUCUGAACAUUCAAUGUCCACUACACCAUUGACUUCAGGAGAAAAGAAUAGAAAUUCCAUUAACUACGAGCGGCAACAGGCACAAGCUCGCAUUCCCAGUCCUGAGACAAGUGUCACCAGUCUGUCCACCAAUACUACCACCACCAAUACAACUGGCCUCACUCCUAGCACUGGCAUGACCACCAUAUCCGAAAUGCCUUACUCGGAUGAAACAAACUUACAUACUACAAAUGUCAUGCAGCCAGGUGGGCCCACCCCUGUUUGCCUGCAGCUAACAGAGGAGGACUUGGAGACAAAUAAAUUGGAUCCAAAAGAAGUGGAUAAGAACCUGAAAGAAAGCUCUGAUGAGAAUCUGAUGGAACAUUCACUUAAGCAGUUUAGUGGGCCAGAUCCACUCAGCAGCACUAGUUCCAGCUUACUUUAUCCACUGAUAAAGCUUGCAGUAGAGGUGACAGGACAACAGGACUUCACACAAGCUGCCAAUGGUCAAGCAUGUUUGAUUCCGGAUGUCCCAUCUGCUCAGGUCUAUCCUCUACCCAAGCAACAGAACCUUCCGAAGAGGCCUACUAGCCUCCCUCUAAACACCAAAAAUUCAACAAAGGAGCCACGCUUAAAAUUUGGUGGCAAGCACAAAUCAAACUUGAAGCAAGUGGAAACAGGCGUUGCCAAGAUGAACACUAUCAAUGCUGCAGAACCUCACGUUGUGACAGUCACCAUGAAUGGAGUGGCUGGGAGAGGCCACGGCAUAAACUCUCAUGCUGGCACCACCCAGUAUGCCAAUGGCACGGUGCCGUCUGGCCAGACAACCAGCUCAGUAGCACAGAGGGCCCAGGAAAUGCUUCAGAACCAGUUCAGUGGAGAGGAUAGUCGGCUGAAUAUUAAUUCAAGCCCUGAUGAGCACGAACCCUUGUUGAGGCGGGAGCAGCAGGUUGGCCACGAUGAAGGUGUUCUGGACCGCCUCGUAGACAGGAGGGAGCGACCGCUGGAUAAUGGCCGAACAAAUGCCAAUAACAACAACAGUAAUCCGUGUCCAGACACAGCAACAACCAGUAUCCAGAAUGUAGUGAGAAAUCCUGGGCAGACCCAGACUAGAAGAGCACAGAGGCCUAAUUCGCUGGAUCUGUCAGCUACAAAUAGUUUGGAUAGCAGUAGUAUGCAGUGUGACUCCUCACAGGAUGGCAGAUCGGGCUCAGGAGAAAAGAUCAAGAAACGCGUGAAAACUCCGUACUCCCUGAAGCGGUGGCGCCCUUCAACGUGGGUCAUCUCCACCGAGCCUCUGCACUGCGAGGUCAACAACAACAACAACGGCACUGACCAGGCAGCCCCCCCCAAAUCCAGCACUGCCGUUUACCUUGCGGAAGGAGGCACUGCCACCACAAUGGUAUCUAAGGACGCAGGAGUGAACUGCCUGUGAAACACUUUAAAAGCCGACAAAUGACCUUUUUUUUGCAUUAUUUGAAACAAACAUGCAGAAGACGUUUUAAAAAAAACUGCUUUCUCCUCCUGUCAGCACCCCCUACCAAGGACUCGCUUUAAAUAGAUUUCAGCUAUGCAGAAAAAUUUUUAGCUUAUGCUUCCAUAUUUUUUUAUUUUGUUUUAUUUUUUGAACGUUUUUGCACUUUUAUUUAGUAUCGCUAAAGUUAAGUCUGUCUGUUUUGACCACGGAAUAUAUAUAUGUGUAUCAAAAAUGUGGUCGCAAAAUAUUUUUUUAAAAAAAAAGUAACAAAAAAAAGUAUUGCUGAUAAUCAGUUUGGACCAGUUUCUUAAGGUCACUAAGAUCAUAAGCAGACUAUAAGACAGGUUUGACUGCAGUGGUGUCUUGUAACCAUGUUUUGAUUUCUGUGCACAAGCUAGUCUGUAUAUUUCUAUGUUACAAAGUGUAUUCUCUUUUGAACCCCUUACUUUUCUUGUGUCAUGUUGAAAUGUGCAAUAGUCUAUAGUUCAUGGUAUGCUUUAUUGAAAAGUGUGUUUCUAAAACUGCCACAUGUUCCCAUUUUUGUAUCUGUUAAUUUUUCCCUGACAGUUGAGCAGUCAGCCGGUCAUGACAGUGAACUUUGCACAUUGUAGCCAGCUUGAAGCAGCUGCCUAUAUCACAUUGUGCUCAGAGGUCACAAUGCAUGAAUUUUCCCCAACUUGAAAGGGCUUUUAAAAAGGAACGAAAAAAAAAAUCUGAGCUCUGUACCUUUUCUUUGAUCCUUCCAAAUCAAAAUGUGUUUCCUUUAUAGUAGUAGAUGCCAGCCUGUGAAGUUCUGAAUAACAAAAUGGUGAACAAAUGUAAGGAAACAGUGUCAGCCAUUUUUUCCGUUUUAUUUUGUGUGCAGUUUUACCCCCUGUAUUUAUGUAAACCUUUAUUUAGAUCACUAAUGAUGUACAUUGGAAAAUACAUUUUAUUCAGAAAUAUUAAUAACUGUUGUACUUAAAAGCUCGAGUGAAGAUAGGUUGUGAACGUACUUUGUUUACACAGAGAAAAAAAUCAUGAAUCUUACUGGCACAAAGCAGUUUUGUGAUGAGUCAGAAAUCUUGCCUGAUUAACCUACCUACAGUCUGAGGUAAAAUCAACCUAAUUACCUAUGCAGGUAGGUGCAUCCUAAUUGACUCUUGUUGCCAAGUUGAGUUGAAACUCGUCCUCCCUUCAGAGUUUUUAGAGAGCCCCUCAUUCAUCGUGUUAAAAUUUAUUGCAUGCUUUUAAAAUUCAUGGGUGUUUGCAGGGGAGGGUUGGGGAUUUUUUUCCCUCUGCGUAGUCCCUUCUUUCAGUUUGUAUGCACAUUGAUUUUAGCUGUCAGUGAAUGUAUUAUCUAUUGAGAUAAAUUGUUUAUUUCACCAUCUCAAGUAAACCUUACCUCUUUUUUGGAAUGAUUGGUUUUACUGUCUACUGAAAGAAAAUUAAUUUCCUUAUUAGUCAGGACCUCCUUCCACCUGAGAAAUAUUCUUUCUGAUUGAAAACACUUCAGUAAAAACUAUUAGAUGAAAAAGACAUCAGUCUUUGGUACCAAGUAAAGUUUUAUCACUUUAUCUGAAAACUAGUGAUGUUCAAAGAAAGAAAAUCAAUUCAGUCAGCCUGCCAGAUUCCUGUGGCAGCAUGCUGGCAGCAAACAAUUGCCUCCCUUACCCUGUCUCCUUUCAGAUGACUGAAACAGAUGCUCUCUGCUUUUAAGCUCAUUUGUUUCCUUGCUGUUUUAUUAUUUUUUCCCCCUGAGGUAAACUUUGCCAACCUUGUUCUUCUAUAUCUGAUGAUACAAGUAGCCUAAUACAUGCCUUGCUGCAUCUGAUUCUUGCUGUUCCCCAAAAUCCCUUGUUUGUGCUUGAUUGCUAUGAUUUUCUCUUGUAACGCUUCUUAACAUUUCUUAGAUUCUCCUAGAUAUCUCCAAGAGAUAGCUCUAUAAAUCCAGACUUUGAUUAAGUGUAGUUGUAGAAAUACAAGCCAAGAGGCACGUUUCAGGCUCCUGAUGUUCUUUAAGCUCCAGUUCAAAUAGUACCUCUCAUCUCUGAGGCGUAAUUAUGUUAUCCCCCUGUAUAAAUACACAGCUAUAUCUCCCCUCUUCAAAAAUACAGCCUUCCUCUGGUUUGACUUUUAAUUCACUCUCCGGCUUCCCAUCUGCUGCAAUCUCACAUCCCAGAUGUUGAAAAACUGCCAGUUGCUCAGCUGGGUUUCAAGACCUGAAUCAGAAUUUCUAGCAUUCUCUUCAUAAUACUCACUGUGUUUUUUUUCUCUUCUGGCCUCCUUUGAGUCUCCAUUUGAAGUACGCUGUGUUGUUUAGUGGUGAGCGCUGUAUCAUGUGUACUGAAGAUUCUUCACUCCUUUCCCAGUGACUUUUGCUUUGCUUUGCAUGUAUCAUCCAUCAGCAUUUCAGAAUAUGGGCUGAAAAGAGUAUUUAGGACUCUCUUGUCUAACUCAAAACACUCUGGGGAGAGAAAAGUUACUUCUCUGACUGCUGCUUCUUUUUGCUAAGACAGAUUUGCACCCGUCUUCUCUAGCCUUUCUUUGCAGGCCAAGCCUUUGUAAGAAAUCCAGCUUUUUUGUGAUCAAUGCAAUCAAAAUCAUUGUAAUACCAGAUGAAAGUGUUCUGCAGUUUUCCUUAAACAUUCUUAAAGCAAACAAUACUUUCCCCCCCCCCUUUUAUCUAUUCCUACUAUUUGUACGCCUCUGAGAUGAAUUAUUAGCAAGUAUUGGCUUUGCAAUCUACCGUGGAUAAAUAUAAUUUACAAUGUGAUAGAAAAAUGUACUUUAUCACAAAAUACCCUAUAGAUUAAAUAGAGGAAAAACUAUUUAUUUUUAAAUGUCAGUCAAAACAAACUCUUAAACAGGUACCAAAAUAUUGUAAUUCUGCACAGCUAGAUGAGACCAGAUUAGCAGUUUGGUUUUAAUGCUUAAUUUAGUAAUGCCCUUUUUUUUUUUUUUCUCACAGCACAUAAUCCAAUCUCCAUAGAGUACUUUCUCUGUAAGUUAAAUGAUAAUGGAUUGUGUCUCAUACCACAGGGAAUCAUCCUUAACCAAACAAAAUACAUGUAGGAGAGAGAAUUCUACAGACCAAACACAGGGAUGGUUGAUAGAUGUACUAUAAACAAGGGAGACAAAUGUGAUUUAUUUCCUUGUAGUUUUUGAUUUUGUUUUUAUUUGUUUGUGUUUUAAGACGAAAAAUGGAUAAUGAUAAAAGUUGAUAAUUUUCUAUUAGUUUCUCAUGCAUAUUGCAGACAAGAUAAAUAUAGCAAACAAAAAUAGAA